AUGUGACGUCCCAGCGCCUCUGGGACAUGAACGAUGCACGUGUUGGAGAGAGCUGCAGAAAGGACAUGAGCACUAUGAGCCCCCAGCUGAGCUCCCAGCUGAGCCCGGUUGUCAAGCAGGAACAAGGUCAGCUACAGUCUUUAUACCGACAUUUUCUGCCCUUGUUGUAGUCAUUAAUAGACGACAGGGGCCGUUUCGGAGUAGGACCACGGUUGGACAGAUAACGGACCGAGAAGGAGAGUCGACUGUGGCGGCAGGGGAAGAAAGUUCUCGGUCUCAGUUCCUGGGCCUGUCUGUAUUUUGUAUUCGGUCGUCUUUUUAGCAUCUUCUUGAGCCGAAUUGUUAACCAUUAAACAACAGAGGAAGAUAAAGAAGAAGCUUUAUUGUUCAAGACUGAAGGCAGGAUAAUUUGGACGUCAUGGCGGACUACCUGAUCAGCGGACAGACUGGUUACCUUCCCGACGACGGGCUGACGGGACAGCAGCUGUUCAGCGGAGGAGACGGGCUCACAUACAAUGACUUUCUGAUUCUGCCGGGCUAUAUCGACUUCACAGCAGAUCAAGUGGACCUCACAUCAGCUCUCACCAAACAAAUCACCAUGAAAACCCCCUUUGUCUCCACUCCCAUGGACACGGUCACAGAGGCCAGCAUGGCCAUUGCUAUGGCACUAACGGGUGGUAUUGGGUUCAUCCACCACAACUGCACUCCAGAGUUCCAGGCCAAUGAAGUUUGCAAAGUCAAGCGUUAUGAGCAGGGCUUCAUCACAGACCCUGUGGUGAUGAGCCCCAGUGAGCGAGUGCGGGAUGUCUUCCAGGCCAAGGCUCGCUAUGGCUUCUGUGGCAUCCCCAUCACAGACAAUGGAAAAAUGGGCGGCAAGCUGGUGGGAAUCAUCUCUUCCAGAGACAUCGACUUUCUGAAGGAGGAGGACUGCGACCUGCCGCUCAGCGAGGUGAUGACAAAACGAGAAGAUCUCGUGGUCGCUCCAGCUGGAGUGACGCUGAAAGAAGCCAAUGAAAUCCUCCAGAGGAGUAAGAAAGGUAAACUGCCCAUAGUGAAUGAAGAGGGAUCCCUGGUGUCCAUCAUCGCCCGCACGGACCUGAAAAAGAAUCGGGACUUCCCUCUAGCCUCCAAAGAUUCCCGGAAACAGCUGCUGUGUGGCGCUGCCAUCGGAACCCAUGAUGAUGACAAGUACCGACUGGACCUACUGGUGCAGAGUGGCGUGGAUGCCGUUGUACUGGACUCGUCUCAGGGCAAUUCAAUCUUCCAAAUCAACAUGAUCAAAUAUAUCAAAGAAAAGUACCCCAGCCUGCAGGUCAUCGGAGGCAAUGUGGUGACUGCAGCUCAGGCUAAGAACCUGAUUGAUGCAGGGGCGGACGCGCUGAGAGUGGGGAUGGGCAGUGGCUCCAUAUGCAUCACACAGGAAGUGCUGGCAUGCGGCAGACCCCAGGCCACAGCUGUCUAUAAGGUGUCAGAGUACACCCGACAUUUCGGUGUGCCAGUCAUCGCUGAUGGGGGGAUCCAGACUGUCGGGCACAUUGCCAAAGCCUUGGCACUGGGAGCAUCCACAGUGAUGAUGGGCUCUCUGCUGGCUGCCACCAGCGAAGCUCCCGGUGAAUAUUUCUUCUCAGAUGGCAUCAGACUGAAGAAAUAUCGUGGCAUGGGGUCCGUAGAUGCCAUGGACAAAAACCUGGGCUCCCAGACCAGAUACUUCAGUGAGCACGAUAAGAUUAAAGUUGCUCAGGGUGUUUCGGGAGCAGUGCAGGACAAAGGUUCCAUCCACAAGUUCGUUCCAUACCUGCUGGCUGGCAUUCAGCACUCCUGUCAGGACAUCGGAGCCAAAAGCCUCACACAGCUCAGAGCCAUGAUGUACUCCGGAGAUCUGAAAUUUGAAAAGAGAACGUCAUCGGCUCAAUUAGAGGGCGGAGUCCACGGCUUGCACAGUUAUGAGAAGCGGCUGUUUUGAAAAGAAGCCAGCCUGCAGAUGGAAAACCCAGCCAAUAGGGACAUUAUGCAAUCACACUACUUGCCUGAUCCUCCCCAGACACCUCAUAUAAAUUAGUCUUUGAGAAGUUCUCACGACUCUUCUGAGGAUCCAUCAGUCUUCCUGUCAGUGUCAUCUAUGCAUAAUCUGUUUAAUAUAGCUGUUCGUACACUUGUGUGCGAAGAACUAAGCAUUUAUCAGUCAGUGCAUGUGUAAUUGAACUGUCCAAUGCCUU